AUGCAUGUAAAUAUGAAUGUUUAGCUGUUACAUACGUAAAUGCAUAAUAAAUGUGUGGAAUGUAUGUAAAAGCCCCUUUUUUUAAUCAACAUCUUAAAGCAUUCAAGUUUCCAUAGACUACUUCGGUUUUCCAACUUUUACUGUUGGUUCCUAUAAACUAUUCUGAAGUGAUGCCUUUUGUUUUACAGAAAACGUAUCAAAAGGUUUAUGAUUGGCAGUUUAUUUUUUGCCUCGAACUCUGGACGAAAAUUAUUUGUGCCUAUAAUUCAGAAGCUGAUUUUGGGCCUUUAGCAUAUCCACUCACUCAAAUAAUUUCUGGAGUGGCUACUUUGGUCCCAUCUGCUCGUUACUUUCCACUUCGUUUGAGAUGCAUAAAAAUGUUAAACCGUAUCGCUGCAGCUACUGAUACAUUCAGCCCAGUUAAUACACUUCUGCUUGAUAUGCUUGACAUGAAAGAAUUGCAUACUCCUCCAAAAGGAGGUGUUGGUAAAGCUGUGGAUUUGCAAAGUGUUAAACAGUUGGACAAAUUGACAUUGAAAACUCGAGCUUUUCAGGAGGCGUGUAUAUAUGCCACUGUUGAAGAACUCGCUGAACAUUUGGCUCCGUGGAGUUGCUCUGUUGCCUUCUUCGAGCUGUCUUUUAUUCCGUUGGUACGGUUGCGAAGCUUUUGCAAAUCAACGAAAGUUGAUAGGUUCCGAAGAGAAAUAAGAGAACUCAUACGCCAGGUAUUAAUUUAAUUUAUCCAUUCCUCAAAUGUUAG